AUGAGACCUUUAGAAUUACAUGUUGGCCUCAACAGAUAUUCAACUCAAAUUCAGUCUGGAAAAGUGAUCUCUGGUUUAACAAGAGUGUAUUGCAGGUGUUUUCAGGUAUUAACAGAUUAUUAUAUUACAGAAUUCCGUGAGUGCUUUUAUCUAUUUGCCCGGUCUGGCCAGAUUACUUCUCUGGAUGAGCUGACUGUAGUGAUGAGAUCCUUGGGAAUGAGUCCAACUAUACAGGAACUGACAGGUUACCUAAAAGGAAAAGGUGGUAAGAUGUCAUUUGCGGACUUCCUGGAGGUGAUGCAUAUACAUUCCAGGGCUGAGAAUCUACCACAUGAGGUGGUAAACGCAUUCAAGGCUGCAGAUAUAGAGAAGAAGGGCACAAUUCCUGCUAAGCAGCUUCGUAAUCUGUUGCAAAACUGGGGCGAAGGACUAUCGGCUCGGGAGAUUGACAAUAUCUUCCGAGAAGCCAACGUAUCCAACAACGGUCUGAUUCGUUAUGAAGAUUUCGUGAAGAUUGCCUGCGCUCCGGUCCCAGACUACUAUUAGUUUGCACGCCAUCUGUCGGGAAUAAUGUAGAAACUCGAUAUUUUUGUAUAUUCAUGUCUUCAAAGCAUUCUGUGUCCCAUAAUGUAAAUUAUGUGUGAAAAUUAUUUAAAUAACUUGAACUCUUUUUUUUUAAACUCACUAUCUGCAGCUGUAUAUAAAAAUCUAUGAUUUACCAGAUGUUUUUAACAUGUACCAGAAAUAUUUUAAAAAUAUGUGUAUAUUUUGUAUUUUUUUAUUCGAAUUUAUUAUGAUAUAUUGAACAUUCCAAUACGAGCUUAAUGUAAGUUCUGUUCACUGAGAGUUUAUAAAAUAAAAUCAGUGUUUAAAGUUAUAAAUUGCCACCCCAUACUAUACUAGUUGCGUUUGUAAACAGCUGCGUCCCUCGUACCACGAAACGCCAGUCGCUUAACUGUCGCUAUAUCAAAUAUAUACUACUUAUAUAUAGAGAUUCAAAGUAUUAUUUUUCUACAAUGUAUUAAAUAAAAGACUAUUUAUGGAAAA